GUCAGUACUCGGGUUUCUUAGUUUAUAGAGAGGUUUAAAUUCUACAAGAAUGUGCAAUUGGAUCCUAUUAAGUCCUUUGUGGGUGUCUUGACUGAAUUACCGUGCAAACGUGUUGUUUUAUUUACGAUUUUACGUGACGGCGAGGAGUCGCCUGGCGAUGAUGUCACGACGUAUAACACUGACAGCGGUGACGCCUGAUGAUCAUUGAAAACUGCCAUUAAAAUGAGCGCAGAUGAUUAUUGUGUUUACUGAGAGAGCAAUAAAACACCCGCGCAGCGUGCCCGGCAAAAUAAUAGAGGGGCUGAAACAUCAGGGAGAGAAGCAUCCGAUCAGCGUAGCAUCUGUCCGGUCCAGGCAUCCAGGGUUUUCCCCCUCUACCCGCGGCGGGUCUCGGUCCGCCUCGCCUCCGCUCUUCCUGCAGCCGAACCGAAGGAUACUCGCACCCAGAGCCGCGAUCUCACGCUAAAACCCGCGGCCGGAUGCUGAGCUCAAAUCUUGGAAUGGGACUAACAUUUAGCAUAUAAAUUCAACCUCCUGGAGGUUCUGGCUAGCUUAUAUUUUUCACACUCACAAGCACAAUGUCGAGCAGAAGGAAGUCCACGACCCCCUGCAUGGUGCUUCCGUCAGAUGUUGUAGAGCAAGAUCCAGAUAUGGAGGCCCUGGAAGGGAACGAAGGAGCCGAGAGUAUGGCAGACGGUCCUACAGAGGGAGCAGUGGUUCCCAUGGAAACAGAGACAGAAUAUGAGGGGAGCCAUUUCUCGAGCGAGGACUGUCAUUCUUCAGGAAAACGCUCAGGUCAAACAUCACUAGAGCAGCCCAUUUCUGAUCUGACCACUGAAGGUGGUUUUGUGCAGACAGAGAUGGAGGAUAGUGAUGACCCCUCAGUUACUGGAAUCCCAAUCAGCAAGACUCCCAUAAUGAAAAUGAAAAGCAAGUCUGAACCCAAGAGAAUAGCUAUGUCUCUAAAAGGCACAAGUGAAAGCGAGACAAUGGCCGAAAGUGAGAUGGAACUGGAGCCAUUGGAAGCAUCAGUGAUGGGCUCUUCCAUGGCAGCAGAACACAUGAGCCCAUUGCUCACGGAGUCCAUAAAGCCCAGCGUUCUCGUCAAUAUUUCAAACCCUGUGGUAGCAGAUCAGAAGAAGCUGGUUAUGAACUCUGCGACGGUUCUUCCGGCCGGCUUGGCCCAGGUGCUUUCUGCCUUGCAGGCCCAGCAGAAUGCUCAAGCUCAACUUCUAAUUCCAGUAAGCAGUAUUCCCACAUAUAAUGCUGCCAUGGACUCCAAUGCAGUCCUGAUCAACAUUUACAAGAAGUUCCCCUACCCGUCGGUGUCUGAGAUCAUGGGACUUGCAGCCCAGACCAAGUUCAGCGAGGAGCAGAUAAAGAUCUGGUUUUCAGCUCAGCGUUUGAAGCAUGGUGUUAGCUGGACCCCAGAGGAGGUUGAGGAGGCCAGGAGGAAGCAAUUUAAUGGCACAGUCCACACAGUUCCCCAGACCAUCACAGUCAUCCCAGCCCAUCAUCUUUCUGCUACUAAUGGCCUGCAGUCUAUUCUUCAAACCUGCCAGAUUGUGGGGCAACCAGGUCUGGUUCUGACACAGGUUGGAACAGCCAACAGCCUCCCAGUGACCACCCCGAUAACGCUGACAGUAGCCGGAAUGCCCAAUCAAAGCCAGACUCCCAAGAUCGCAACCAAUCAAAUAAGCCCAGGUCUCAGUGAAACUAAGAGAGCUACUACGGUUCAGCCCCCAUCACUGACCCCCCAGGAGAACUCUGCACUCAGUGCCGAUCACUUUGGCAUGCGCCCUAAGAAAUCCAAGGAGCAGCUGGCUGAAUUGAAAGCAAGCUAUCUGAAGAAUCAGUUUGCUACUGAUGCUGAGAUAGCUAGGCUAAUGAAGUUGACCAACCUCACUAAAGGUGAGAUUAAAAAGUGGUUCAGUGACACCCGAUACAACCAGCGCAAUUCUAAGAACAGCCACACCAUCCUCCCGAACGACAAUCCCAGGGGUAGUAGUAGUGCCACCAUUGUUAUCGACUCCAGUGACGAAACGCCACAGUCUCCAACACCAUCACCCGUCAAAGAGAAGGAGACGCGCGCCAAGACCUGGAACCCCUUCCCAGACUUUACCCUGCAGAAGUUUAAAGAAAAGACACCGGAGCAGUUGGUGGUUCUAGAGGAAAGCUUUCAGAAAUGUGACACACCAACCGAUGAAGAGCUCAGCCGACUAAGAGCCGAGACAAAGCUUACCAGACGAGAGAUUGACGCCUGGUUCACAGAAAAGAGGAAAGCCCCUGUGCCCGAUUCCUCUGAGUCAAAAGCAGAUGGUGAAUCUUCCCAGAAGAAGGGGAGCCAAACUCCACCUGGUGGGAAGAGGGUAAGCAAAGAGAAGGUUACUAAAAAAACUCCGGAGCAGCUUCAUGUUCUAAAAACUGCGUUCGUUCGGACCCAGUGGCCCUCGGCAGAAGAAUACGACCAGCUGGCUGAGGAGAGCAGACUACCUCGCUCCUACAUCGUCAAUUGGUUUGGCGAUACACGCUACGCCUGGAAGAACGGCAACUUGAAGUGGUAUUUUUACUAUCAAAGUGGAAAUGUGGGAGGAACAAAUGGCAACAAAAACAGAAAACGGAGGAUUCGGAACCGCGGUUGGGGGAGAACCCGUAAUAGAAAAGUGAAGAAGCCCACAGAAUCGGAGAAGAAUUUACCUAUCAGGUUUAAGUCUGGACGAGAUAUUCUGAAGGAAUAUUAUUUGAAGCACAAGUUUCUGAACGAACAGGACUUGGAUGAGCUUGUCGCCAAGUCUAACAUGAGCUACGAGCAGGUGAGAGAGUGGUUUGCUGAGAUUCGUCGAAAGGAGGAAAUGGGUACCAACCCAUUUGAAGAUAAAACGGGAAAUGAGGAACAAGAUGAGGAAGAGGACGAGUCACUGGGUGAAAAUGAGACGGCAAUUGAGGAGCAGGGACCUUCUGCCUUGGUAGAUGAAGAAGGUGACGAUGAUGACGAUACUGAUGACAGCGAUUCCUGGGAGCCUCCACAGAGCGUUCGAAAAACAUUAUCCAUGUCUGAGGGUCAGUGAUCUGUCUGAAUUGGCUUUAUUCUGAGCAAUGGCCCUUGGUGGAAAACCAUGACUGUGUUGGGUUUCGACUACAUGCCCUCUACCACUGCACCAAUUCUGCUUAUAUUGUACAUAGUUUCAAUUAAGGUUUGACAAGUUCUUUCUAGCAUAAACAUUGAGGAGAAUGUUGUUGUUUUUUUAGUCAGAAUGUUUGGUUUCACUCAAAACUUGAGAAAUCAUGCACAUGAACAGGGUUUUUUUUCUCUGUGGCUCUGAAAUGCAGCGAUAACUCAAGAGCCCUUGAAUAAUCUUGACAAUGUCAUGCAUACAAUCUGAACUUAUGCCUACCAGAAUUGGUUAUGCACCUUAUCCCUUGUACAUGCAAAGACAUCCUAGGCCUCUCAGUAGGGGCUUUUAAAGGGGCUUUUCUCACUUGCAGUUAUUUGGAGAAUUCUUAGUGCCAAAGGUAUAGUAUUGAAUGUUAAGGUUCCCUUUACAAUGAACACAAUAGCUUAUUGAGGGAAUAUGCAUGAAUACUUUGUGUCAGAUGGACACACGAGGCACUUUGUCAACAACCGUGAUGUACGGUGUUUAAAACGCAACCAGCCACCUUAUUUAUGUUGGGCAAGACCAAACAUUUCAAAUUGAAUUUCAAAAUUCGGUGACACACAAGUGUUUUAUGUCUCAUUCCCAGUGUUUUAUCAUCCAUAUACUGGCAGUGGAUAUCUGAUAUUCAGCAGCACACU